GUAAGUACUGUACUGUACUAAAUGCGGAACAAGAUGUGCUAACUUGGCUACAUUAUGGGUGAACAAAGCGGGGAAAGUUUUCCAGUGCGCCUGUUAAGUUGAAAAACCUAGGUAGUAGUUAAUAAGCUACGGUACCUCGCUUGAAAUACGGUACCUCGCUUUUCUUGACGAUUUUGAGCGGCUGCAGUAAGACUGAGGAUAUCGUUGGUAGUAUUCUAAAGAUUGACUCGACCCAGAUAUAAAGCAUAUACAUGAGCAGCACGCGUUACUACGAAGGAAGGGACAAGAAAAUUUACACUGCCGAUCAAUGGGACCAUAACCCCAAGGAGAAGAAAAAACAUCUCCACCUCUAUUAUGUUCGUCACGGUCCAUACGAACGACGAGUGCAACCGGAUUAUAGCUCUUCAGGAAUCGAGUCUUGGUCUAGGUGGACUCGUCUCAAGCAUGCAGCUUUUGACUUGUAUGUAGGCUCGCCACUGCACCGUUUUGUGGAGCACGUCAAAGCUGAUUGCUUGCCACUUCCCUCGCCAACUUAUCAGUUAAAACCUGCUAUCAUCACGUUAGAUUUGGAUCGGCGAUCGGCGUCUGCGCAAUUUGCGUCCUUUUAUGACGAAAUCUUCGCUGCCUUUUUCAGUGUUCGCCAUGAAACUGACACUGAAAAUCUUUCUUACUAUAUUUCCAGCGCAGACAUCAUCAUUCUAAAUAAAGCAGCGCUGAAAUCGACAAACCUUGUCUUUUCUGAGCGCUUCGAAGCCUUCGUCGGUCAGAGCGCGGAUGCCGUUAUAAUCGUUACGGAGAGUAUUGCUCUGGUAUCCGAUAAGGUGGGACAGGUAUUCCGUAACCUUUAUGCCACAACGUGCUUGCAGAAUGUUCCUCUUAUUGUUCUCUUAGUGAGUCCGUUAGCCGAAGCGCACGACUACAACUGGCAGGACCGGAUCGCAUCUUCUGAGCAUUUAUUACUGCGCGAGAAUCUUCUGCAGUUCAACAGUCUGAACAUUCCCCACAAAAUUUUUUUUGUUCGUUCGACUCAUGUCACAGAAGAUGUGGAGCACGCGUUGUUCUGGUUAUGGCGAAAGAGUGGGGUUCGUGAUCGGAAAAAGAUCGUUCCGAUUAGUACAUCCGUCACGAAGAAGCGCCAGCCCAACGUCAUUGACUACAAAAGGAAGGCAUCGAUACUGGUUACAUCGAAAUCUUUAGCGGAGGCUAUGCUCCAGAAGAAAAGAAAGGUCAGGUUCGAUCCUGUUCCUCUGGAUAUGGAACGACGAAUCUGGUCUUCAGAAUCUGUCGAUGCCGUAAAUCAGCGAUGUUUAUUUGGGCGACACGGUAGAAAUUUCCGGCAAAGCAAUUUAAUCACUAUUCGGCCGAGUCAUUCACUGAGCAAUACGGCGCUACGAGAAGUCGAGUACGGAUAUCCGGAAUUGUACAAGGAACUCCUUCAGUUGCGUGUAAAAUAUCAUGGAAAGAAAGUUGCUACCGCGGAAAAUUUCGCGGCAGCGAUUAGCACAACUUCGUUUGUGAUGGAUGGUACAGUAAGUCACCCGGUGUCGGUCAGCACUCCGUUUAUUACGCCACCGGUGGUGGAAAGUGCUGAGCAAAAGAAGUUGAGGGAAAAAUUCAUCAAGGAGGAAGGAAAAUAUUUGGAACUAAAAGUUCACCAAAGAAAACUGGAAGAAGACCAGAAGGUUCUACGCAUGAAACUGGAUUUGCUGUUGGAAAAACUGAAAGAAGCAAACAGUAAACUGUUGCAAACGAUGCCUCAUCCACCCAGUUUAGGUGAUUACGACGAGAUGUGAUGGCGUAACAGCUAAAUCUGACCUUGCAGUCAAUGGAAUAAGCCACGUUCUUUCUGAUGGGUGAAAAAAGAACUGACUCUCUGCAGUAUGAUCCAGUUUUUGUGAAUUAAACUGUGAAAGUAAUAACAGAUGACAGAAGUAAAAUUAAAAUGAUGGAAUACUUA